AUGGAGGCCACGGCCCGCCCGCCCGUACCACGAACACGGCCGCCCCCUCCAGCCCCGCCCCCUCGCAUGCGCGCCGCGUCAGCCGGCGACGAAGCUGGCGUGUCUCCGUCGGGGGCGCCCCUCCCUGCCACCACCACCUCGUCUGGCCCCUCUCCUUUCGCCGCCGGCCGGCCGGCCGUGCCCCCUCGCGUGCCUCCUCGAGCCGGGUACGGCACGGGCGGGAGGUCGGGCUCUGCAGGGGCCGCCGUGCUCGCGGACCCCGGUGUGCCCUUCGUGCCCUCGCCCUCUCUUGCGGAGGCCACGCAGCCGCCGCGGGCAUCGGCAGCCGCAGCGCUCUCUCAGCCGAGCCUUCCUCCCCACAUCGCCUCCUCUGCGCCGCCGCCGCCGGUGUCGGUGGCGGUCCCUCACGGAGUGCCCGUCCAGCCGGACGGAGGCGGCGCGCCGCCACCAUCGUCGGCAUCGUCAUCGUCAUCGGCGCCAGCGACGGCGGCGCGGGCUGGGCCCUCCAUUUCGCCGGGCCGCGUGGGGCCGGCGGACUCCCGCAUUCCGGUUCCGCCGCGUCCCCAGCUCUCGCGGGCGUCUCCCGUCUCCCGCUCCUCGCCCGCGCUGUCCACCAUCACCCCGCCGGGGCGCCCCAGCACCCCUCCCCACCAUCACCCCCUCGCCGCCGCCGCUCCUAUCGCUCUCGCCGCCGCCGACCCCGCGAGCACCAUGUCGGCGCCCCUCCUGCGCACACCCGUGCUCUUCCCACAGAUCACAACACCGGCUGACUCCUCCUCCUCCUCCUCGGCGUCAUCGUCCUCCUCGUCGUCGGCCGCCGCCACCGUUUCGUUUGCGGCUAUCGGGAGGGGCGCGCCUCCGCCGGUGCCCUUCAAGACGCGGGCGCAGGUGCCGCCUCGCCCGGCCGUGGUUCCCCGCCACGCGCCCGGCGUCGGAGCCGCCCCCAAGCCCGGCACCACCCUGCCGCCGGCAACCGACACAGACAACAACAGCAGCAGCGGCAGCGGCGGCUACGCGGGCGACGCGGAGGAGAAUGCGGAGCCUUGGCCGAGCACCACUACCGCCGCCGCCGCCGCCACCAACAUCUACGGGUCGGUGAUCGAGCGGCCCGUCACGCACCACCAGCGGCCCGCCCUUGUCUCCUCGCUGUCGGCGGCCCCCGGCGUGGGCCGUGGCGCGAUGGCCGCGUCGCCUCCCGGCACCGCAACCGGCACGACGGCGGCGGCGCGGGGCAGGCUGCCGCCGCCCAUCCCGCCGGCGUCGGCCAAGCCCACCCUCAAGCCGCGUCCGGGCCACCGGCGCAGCCGCUCGUACGACCCGGCCACCCUGCGCAAGACCCUCGUCCGGCCCUUCGACCCCAUCCAACUGCAAGCCAAGACGAUGGAGGACCAGCCGCGGUCCAUGGGCGAGUUGAGGCGGGCGGCCGUGCAGGUGGGCAGCGACGACGACAGCAGCGACGGCGACGGCGUGGACAGCGGGUUUUCGCUGGGCAGUGGUGGCGGCGGCCUCGGCAUGAUGUCCAUGUGCCUCGGCGUACACCCGUCCGUCAGGGUGCGGGCCAAGACCGGCGGGACGUCGUCCACGCUCAAGCCCUCGCGCGACCUCCGAUCGUCGGACAAGGCCGACAGGAAGGCGGCCAAGAACAACAACAACAACAAGGAGAAGAAGAAGGAGAAGGAGCGCAAGGGCUUUUGGAAGAAGAACAAGAAGGAGGCCAAGGACGCAGGAGCAGCGGGCGCCAUGGCGGCGGGCAAGGGCGAGCGGUUGCUGUCGGCCGAGGAGUGUCGGACCAACGCCGACGCCUACCACCGAUGGUUCCAGGUGUUGGGGCGGGAGGACCUGGUGAUGGCGCGCGUGCUGAGCGGGGUUGUAAAGAGAGGGGACAGGGAUCAGGCGACGACGGCAUUUGUACACUACUUCACAGGGCGGGGCGUCAUGCUGGCCCUCUUCGGCCACCUCAUCCGCGCCGAGGUCGACGCCACCGCGGAGCCGGGCACGCUGCUGCGGAGCAACAACAUGCUUUCGGCGCUCCUCUCCAAGCACCUCCAGCUGGUCGGCCGAUCGUACCUGCGACGCGUGCUGCACCCCAUCGUGGCGCAGGUGUGUGAGAUCGCCACCGAAACCAACUUCGAGAACACCCAGAACGUCCUGUUCGUGGCGUCGCAGGUCCUCCACGCCCUCCGCACCUCCAUCCACUACUGCCCCAUGUCGAUCCGGGAGAUCUGCCAGGAGCUGGCCCACGUGGUGUCCGCCAAGUACCCCGACGCCAUCACCUCCGUCGUGGGCGACGACGGCAUCCUGACGCAGCCCGCCAAGCGAGCGCUGGUCCUCGUCUCCAAAGUUUUGCAGCAGCUGGCGAACGGGCUGUCGUUCGGCAUGAAAGAGACCUACAUGAUCCCCUUCAAUCCGUUCCUGGCUGAGAACGAAGCUCCCGUGCGCGACUAUCUCCGCCUCCUUUCGACGAUUGGGACCGACGAGGUGCAGCGAGGCGACGAGGACACGCUCGAUGGCAGUGAGAGCGACACGCGGCACUGCCUGGGCAAGCUGGCCUACGACAACCGGGACGACAUCUCCCAGGUCCUCGCCUCCGGGGAGGGCCUGGGCGCAGCGCCAGAGCUGGGCCAGGUGCGCGACGAGUGGAAACGAAUCGCUGCCGACCUGCUCGGCCCACCGCCGUCAUCAUCACCACCACCACCACCGCUAUGA